AUGAUCUCAUAUAUCUUACUCGCGAUUUUCUUCGGUUUAUGGUAUUACUUUGCCAAGAGACCCUCGAUUCCUAAAGGACUUAAACCUCUUCCUUCACCUAAGGGGUCCGAAUUUUAUUUUGGUCAUUACAGAUUACUUGGUUUCAAACCACAUGAAACUCUAACAAAAUGGGCUAAAGAAUUAAAUAGCGAAAUUUACUCGAUAAAGUUGGGCAGAUUAAAUUUUAUUAUAUUAAAUAAUGAUAAAGUUGUUGGAGAAUUAAUUCAAAAACGAGGAGCAAUUUACUCGUCAAGAAUGGAUUCGGAAUAUUAUCAUCAUAUCAUAACAAGAGGAUCUAACCUUGGCAGCUGUCCAUAUACCGAUUAUUAUAAGAAAAUGAGAACAAUAAGUGUCGGAGUCCUUUCACCACAAAAAAUCGAAUUUUAUAGCCCCUUGAUAGAUAAAGUGACAAAAGAAACAUUAACAGAGUUAAUUCAUGCCUCAACUUCCUCGUCAAAUCCUGAACCAGUAGACCCACGUUUGUACCUUCGUCGUACAUCUUUAAAUGUAGUUUUAGAUGUAGUUUUCGGAAUUCAUACUACAAGUAUUGAUGACCCAUUAUUCAAACGAAUCGAUAAAUUCGUGCAUAAUCUUACAAUGCUGUACGCAAAUGCAAAUAGGAAAUUGGAAUAUUUCCCGAUAAUAAAAUAUCAUCCAAAGAAUAAAGUGAAACAGGAUGCGUUGUCUGUCAGAGAUGAUAUUGAUUCGAUCUUUGGUGAAAUUCUUGAUAAUAUUAAAUCAGGAAAAAAUAAAAAUCCAUGUGCUGCGAGAGAAAUUUAUGAACGAGGAGAAUUAGAAGAUUAUCAAAUUGUUCACCUAUUUGGAGGUCUCGUUUUUGCCGGAACGGAUACAGUAGCAUCAAGUAUAACAUGGUUAUUAGCGUUCUUGGCAAAUAAUCCUUCGUUUCAAGAACCAGCACACAAAGAACUUGACGCGCUCAUUCCUAAACGUGAUCGACUCCCAACUAUUGCUGAUUCUAAAAGUCUCCCUUAUAUUAGAGCAUUGAUCAGAGAAGGCCAAAGGGUAUUUCCACCAACUUGGACGGGAGUCCAUCAUUGCGUUCAACAAGAUGAUGAAUAUAAUGGUUAUUAUAUUCCGGCAAACUCUCUAAUCCUUAUUAAUGCUCAUGCAAUUGGAUUUGAUGAAAAACGUCAUAAAAAUGCUAUGGAAUUUGAUCCGUAUAGGUUUAUCAAUGUUGAGCAAAGUAUGGCAAGCUUUGCCAAUGGAGCUGCUGAAAAAAGAGACCAUUUUAGUUUUGGAGCUGGAAGAAGACUCUAUGGAAAACCUAUCCCAAUUGAUUUGAAUAAUGGCACAUAUGGAUUAACUAGUUGGCCAGUUAAUUAUCAUGUUAGGUUUGUUCCUAGAUACAAUGGGGUUACACAACUUUUAAAUGAAUGA